GACAGUGGUGAAUAGUGCAGGGGAGUGGAGAGAGGCUGGGAGAAACACUCAAACACUCACACACACUCACACACACAUACACUCACACACAUACACGCACACACACACACUCAACAUACACUUGGAGGAAAAAGACGCACCAAAGACGCACGGAGAUUAUCUUUAAUUUUGCUGUCCCCUGGGGAUCCCUUCUGUGCUGGCUUCCUUUCUAUGCACACAUUCACACCUCUGUGGCUCUGUGGAUAAACAGUGAAGAAGAAGAAGAAGAAGAAGAACCGGACCAGGUUGGACCAAAAGGGGGGCAAAAACUCACCAGGUAUGGCAGCGGUGUUGCCGAGAACCCUGGGUGAGCUGCAGCUCUACCGGAUCCUGCAGCGGGCGAACUUGCUCUACUACUACGAGGCCUUCAUCCAGCAGGGCGGCGACGACGUGCAGCAGCUGUGCGAGGCCGGGGAGGAGGAGUUCCUGGAGAUCAUGGCCCUCGUCGGCAUGGCCAGCAAGCCGCUGCACGUGCGCCGCCUGCAGAAGGCACUGCGGGACUGGGUCACCAACCCGGCCAUCUUCAACCAGCCGCUCACAUCGCUACCCGUCUGCAGCAUCCCCGUCUACAAGCUGCCCGAGGGCUCGCCCACGCUGCUCAGCGCUCAGGACCGAGCCAACACCGCCAGCGUCAAGAUGCCCAAAGCCGUCGCCGCCGCCUGCUCCGACCCAGGGAAGCUUGAUGUGGCGCGGGACAAAGUGUCAGCGGGGUCGCCCCUGCAGGGCAGCAGCGAGGCUCGGUUCUGGUCGGGCCACAGUAACGACAGCGAGCACAGCCUGUCGCCGUCAGACCUCGGCUCCCCGUCCUCACCGAGAGAUACAUUAGAGGCUCUGGACGCCGCCGCCGUCCAGUCAGUCCUGGAGUGUGUGGACAGGAUGGCACCGGGACUUCCUAAGACAGACUUAGCUGAGGUCAAAGAGCAGCUGAAGAACAACAAGAAACUGGCAAAGAUGAUCGGACACAUCUUUGAAAUGAGCGACGACGAGCCACGGAGGGAAGAGGAGAUUCGUAAAUACAGCGCCAUCUAUGGACGCUUUGACUCCAAGAGGAGGGAUGGCAAACACCUGACGCUGCAUGAGCUGACGGUGAACGAGGCGGCGGCCCAGCUCUGUAUGAGGGACAUGGCUCUGCUGACACGUCGAGACGAGCUGUUCGCACUCGCCCGCCAGAUUUCUAGAGAAGUCACCUACAAAUACACUUACCGCACCAGCAAGUCUCGCUGUGGAGACAGAGACGAGCCGUCCCCUAAAAGGAUUAAAACAGAGGAGAACUUCUUCGACAUCCAGGAGGCGCUGCAGGCAAUCCACAUGCGGCAGGAGAUGCUGAGGGAGCAGCUGGCCUGCGCCAAGUCGAAAGGAGAAGAAACCGUCGGACGAAAUCUGCAGAUGCAGCUGGAGCGUCUGCUGGCCAGGCAGAUGGAGAUCCUGCAGGACGCCGCCGUCCAGGAGCGACUCCAGGCUCUGGACUGGAGGAUCCCCCCCGCUGCCUUAAAGUACCUCAACGACGCCCAGAACACCAACGGAGCCGCCAGCGACGCCAGCAGAGACAACCAAGAUGAACGACCAAUCAACUUGCGCGUGGUUAGUCAGAACAUGCAGGAAGGCGACCUCCCAUUGGGCAAGCAGCUAGCCAAUGAACUGAAGCGCCAUCACAACCACAACCACAACAACAACAACAGCAACAGCAACACAGACGAGACCAAAACACCAGCAACAGAAAACGGGACGUCGCAGCGAGCGUCCAGCAACGCAGAGAAGAAGACCAUCAAGUCAGAGCCGGAAGACUCCACAUAGUGCCUCCCGCCUCGCCCUACCACCACCACCCAAUUCAUUCUACUCACACUUGACAGUAUGCAGUUAUUACCCGUCAAUAGAUACUAAGCAAGCACAGCCACAGUAGAGCCUUAACAACCAAUGUUGCCUCAUGAAUAGCAUUUAUUUUUCUUUGAUUUUGUCUUUUUGUUUUUUUGUUUAAAGGUAUUUGCCAAAGCACCUAGCGAGCAUGUCGAGAAGCCCCUCAGUGCUCUACGGGUCUUUGUCUGUUGAUUAAUUGUACACGUUAGAUGUAAUUUAAGAGUGAUCUGUUUGUGUACUCUUUACCUCUGCCUGGGUGUUAUUAUAUUUGUUGCUUUCUUUGGACAGCCAGGUUGCAGGCUGUGAUGCCGGGGCUGAGUCUUAACUCAAACGUAGAUUCAGAGAUGAGAUAAAAGCAGAAAUGUUGACUGUGUUGCUGCAGCAUCUUGGUAACACUUUAUAUGACUACCAUGUAGCCAGUGUUUUAAGGCCUUCCUCACUCACUUGUACCUUAAAACUGCAGCUGCAGAUGCUGCCAAUAUUCAAUCUAAAAGUUUCAAUUCCAAAAUAUUUCAAGUGUCCAGUGUUUCCCCCUCAGAUUUAUAGCAACAUUAGCAGUGGUGCUCUAGAGAUGACAAUACCCCAAAACUUUGAGUGAUAUAUCUUGAUAAAUAUUGGAUGGAUUCAGACAUUCAUAGCUCCAAGAUGAUGUAACCUUCGUCCAGCGCUGCCAUGAGGUAUUUGGUUUAGAGUGAAAUACCUCCACAACUAUAGAAUAGAUUGGCACAAAAUCUGUUAUCUCAGUGGUGCUAAUUAACUAAGAUGGUGACCAUUGCGAGCGUUACUUGCUAAACAUUGUCAUGUAGCUUGAUUGCAAUGCAAGUGCAGCCUCACAGAGCUACUAGACUUUUAGUCUAAUUAUUAGGAAUUAUGGAAACAGGUUGUAUCACCGUUAUUAGGGGUCACCAAAUCAAUAUUAGCCUAAUACUAAUUAGACAUUCAUAAUGAUUUAAUUAUCAACACAUUAUUGAUAAAGAUUGUGGCAAACUACAGGCAUUUAUGCUUAUUGGGAACAGAGAUCAAAGCCAUCAGCACAUAAUAACAAUGGUAGAUAUACAUAGUGUUACCUAAUUUUUUGAGAUUUAUGGGUAGUUGUCUGUAGGCUGCAAUAGAUGGCAUGCAGAAAUCCACUCCAUUUUCAUGACUUUACAAGGCAACUAGAAUUUUUUAAGAAGAUCUUAAAACCUACCAGCAAUAGCCAAAGAUUUAGCAGCAUCUGGCUGGUGGCUUAUUGUCAUUUCCCCGUGUCCUCUGAGCCUCCGUCAUUCUCCCAAAUCUAACUUAGGUGUCUGCAUUUGUACUGUAACUCAAAGGUGUAAAAGUACUGUAGGGAGAUUGAGUUAGGAUUCAGCCCCCUUUGCAGGUUUUUUGUCGUUCACUUCAAAUGGGAAAACAGGAGAGAUGGGAUUAAUCCUUCCUUCCUCGCUCCUGUCUUGUGUAUAUUUAUGGAAGGUAAUUUAAGGAGAGGAUGUAUAGGAGCUGUUGUGGAGUAACAGCAGGGGACCUCUGUCAUUCGUCUUGGUAGGAUGGCAGGCCUGGCAUGCCGGAGGCCGAGCUAAUUGGUUCAUUUCACUUUGUAAUUUAGCUAAACACUGCUGUUGAUGCGAAACCACGCAUCUGCAAACAGGGAGUAUUUCAGGAAUAGAGAUGCCUGUGUGUUUUUUAGGAAUGAUCCAGGCUCGUAAAAUCCACUCAAUAUGUAAACUUUCAACUGAAGGCAGAAUCAAAUAUUAAAGAUUUGCAGGUAUGUGGUUUUUCAACAACAGCAGCAAAAGAAGCAAAAUUCCUGUUUAUUGCUGUUCUUCGCGGAGCAGCAUCCCGGGGUCUGUAAAUAGUACCGUGAUAACAAAUAAUGCUAGCCUAAUCUCUCAACCAGGGUUUCCCUUCGUCAAGUGUAACUUUGCUGUAGAUUUUUGGUGUCAAUACAGUGUUUAUGUGUGUAGAGCAAAAACAAAAAAAGAAAACUUAAGUGUCAUUGAGGAAAAAAUACAACAGUGUGAAAGUGUCUGGUAUAUAAAAACAUGCUUUACAUGAUGAUAAUGUUGAUUAGCCUUAGCUCUUAACAGUGUUUAAUCCACCUGUGAUGGCCAUCAGUGCAUAUUUCAAAGAUGUGUUUUUGCUGUUUAGAGGUAGAUACAUAACAAAUAAGUGUUCACUGUGUUUUUAUGUGUUCGCCACACUGUGUAAAUAUGUCUGUUUGCUCCAAGAUGAUAAUAAUGUCCAGACAAUUUGGUCUAACUCUCCCUUCCCCUUACUCCCUGCAGAUAGUUUAGUCUCACUCAGCGUAAUGGCAGACCAAUGCAAUAUUUAUGUAAGUAAUAAGUCUAUUUGCAUACUAUAUGGAUCCAUCAUUUUGUUAUGUGCUCGGUAACUGUAUGUCUGUCAUGAACUUCAGGGUGGGAAUUCACCUACAACUUGGGAAAUGUUUGUGUUGUCUCACUUUUAGUGCGCAGGGCACUGUAUUUGUAUUUAAAGACAUUGUGCUCUUUUCAUGAGGUUGUUUUGUUUCAAGCAGCCACUAUGGCGAGGAACUGGCGAGGGUUUGGAGUCGUGAUCUAGUUUGCUAAAGCUAAACUAGCUGGUGAAUUCUGGGAGGUAAAGCCAUCGUGCUUCUGGCCUGGUUGGCUCAAACACUGGCCUAGUUAGCGUGACUGUUGUACGAUGUUUCAGAGAAGAGUGCAUGUCUGACCUGCCGUCUCACUGAUCACCGUUCUCCUCACUGUUUAUUGUAAAGUGAUAGAUUAGGCUUCACCUAGUUAUGCACCUGUUUUUUAAACACUAAUAUAUUUUAUUUGUUAUACAGCACAUAAACAUUAAACUUUAUUUUUUUGAACUCUA